CUCGCUGUUACCGAUAUGUUUGUGAUGAUGGAAUAUAUUCCGUUUACCUGUUAUCAAUACAUUAUAUUGCCAGGUAAGCGGAAAAACGCAUUUACAUGGGCGGCAUAUUUGCUCUUUCACAUGCACUUUUCGCAAAUACUUCACACAAUUUCAAUAUCGCUGACCGUGACACUCGCUGUAUGGCGGUACAUUGCCAUCAAACAUCCGCACGGGAGAUUUGCCAGUUGCAUCUUGGGCCGCACGGGCAACGCCAUUUUCGCUUGUUUCAUCAUCUCGCCGUUGUUGUGCUUUCCCACGUAUUUUGUCUUUAGCAUCGACGAAACCAUCGACUCGCAUGCCCACACGACGCUGUAUCACGUGAAUGCCGAUGCCGAUAGUGCGUUGUACAGCUUCAACUUUUGGGUGCACUCGAUUAUCAUCAAGCUGUUGCCAUGUUGUAUCCUGACGAUAAUUAGCUGCAUCUUAAUUGAGGUUUUGUACACUGCGUCAAAGCGUCGUGUAAAGUUAAAGUCCUACGGAAAUGCGAUGCCAUCGAAUGGAGUGCCGUGCACCAAUGGACCAUUGAUGGAAAGAAAACCUCCACGUACAAAUCGUCGCACCGAUCGGACCACCAUGCUGCUUGUCGCUGUGCUAAUUCUCUUUCUCAUCACGGAAUUCCCCCAAGGUAUCCUCGGUCUCAUGAGUGCCGUCCUCGACCAGUGCUUCUUCAAAAAAUGCUACACACUCUUUGGCGAAUUCAUGGACUUGCUGGCACUCAUUAACGGUGCCAUCGGCUUCGUGCUCUAUGGCUUGAUGUCCAAACAAUUCCGGACGACCUUCAAGUCGCUCUUUCUCAAGAAAAAUGUUGACAACUUGGAGCUGACACGUGUAACGGGCACCACCUCAUGUGGGUGACUAAAAGCGUAUCAUUGGUUCUUCAGUUGCCAGGCAAAGGAUACGGCUUUGUAGGUAGAAAUGCGAUAUCGACUAACGUGUAGCAUUAAGACGAGCUAAACAAGGCUGAAUGUACCUUUUCUUAGGCGCAGUAAGAUACAAUUUAGGUCUUAAGCACAAUUUUAUUUGGAAACAGGGAUAAAUAUUUUGUACUUAUAAUGGUUGGAUUUUAAAAUAAGGAUAUCAAAGUACUUUUAAGCCUUCGGCACUUUUAUGAGAAAACGCAACGAAAUCGAUGGUUGAUCAAUGUAAACGUACAUUUUUGAACAAUUUUGUUGAGAGCCCAACAAAAAUGU